ACCCACACCCCCGCCGUCCUGACGCUACCCGGGCAAACCCCACCACAAACUCCCUCCUUCCCGACGACCCCCUUAUCCACCGAGGGUGCCCUCCCGCCCCUAACCGGAGGCGCAAGUCCAGAAGAUCUCACAUUUACCGGGGGAGCCCCACCCAGGCCAGCUCCACCUCUGUCCCAGACGCCCCCCCUGACCACGCCUUCUGCUCCUACUGACGCCCACCCCGACGACCCUUUGGACACUGGGGGUGGCUCUCCCCAGCCAUCUUCCUCACCACUGGGGCCCGAUCAGUCCUCUGCUUUGGAAAGCCACCCUCCUCGCCGCCGCGCCUGCACGCCCCGUCGGCCACUUCCUCCCUCAGCUGGGGAUGCCCGUCCCCCAAGUUCAUUUCCUCACCCCUGAGGGGUCACAACCCCAUGUCCAUCAAGGCAAAGUCAUCUGCGACCCUUGGGAUCUCCAUCCCGUGUGACACGCUACUCCCAAGAGCUGGCUGAUGGCCCUGGCUGUGAACCAUUCUGGUCUGGUGGCGCACGCCUUUAGCCCCCAGCUCCCAGGAGGCAGAGGCAGGCCGAUCUCUUUGAGUUCAAGGCCAGCCUGGUCUACAUGUGCAACGCUCACCCCUGUUUCCCGCGCGUGCGGUGCGUCAAUACCAGCCCUGGCUUUCGCUGCGAAGCCUGUCCGCCUGGGUACAGCGGCCCCACCCACGAGGGCGUGGGGCUGGCCUUCGCCAAGACCAACAAACAGGCUUGCACGGAUAUUAACGAGUGUGAGACCGGGCAGCACAAUUGCGUUCCAAAUUCCUUGUGCGUCAACACCCGGGGAUCCUUCCAGUGCGGCCCCUGCCAGCCCGGCUUCGUGGGUGACCAGACGUCAGGCUGCCAGCGGCGAGGGCAGCGCUUCUGCCCGGACGGGUCACCCAGCCCGUGCCAUGAGAAAGCGGACUGCGUCCUGGAGCGCGACGGCUCGAGGUCGUGCGUGUGUGCAGUCGGCUGGGCCGGCAACGGGCUCCUAUGCGGCCGCGAUACGGACCUAGACGGUUUCCCAGACGAGAAGCUGCGCUGCUCAGAGCGCCAAUGCCGCAAGGAUAACUGCGUGACGGUGCCCAACUCGGGGCAGGAGGACGUGGACCGCGACGGCAUCGGAGAUGCUUGUGACCCAGACGCGGACGGAGAUGGAAUCCCCAACGAGGAAGACAACUGCCCGCUGGUUCGAAACCCAGACCAGCGCAACUCGGACAGCGAUAAGUGGGGAGACGCCUGUGACAACUGCCGGUCCCAGAAGAACGAUGACCAGAAAGAUACAGACCGGGAUGGCCGGGGCGAUGCCUGCGAUGACGACAUUGAUGGCGACCGAAUAAGAAAUGUAGCUGACAACUGUCCCAGGGUGCCCAACUCUGACCAGAGUGACAGCGAUGGGGACGGCGUUGGGGAUGCCUGUGACAACUGUCCCCAGAAGGAAAACCCGGACCAGAGGGACGUGGAUCACGACUUUGUGGGCGAUGCCUGUGAUAGCGACCAAGACCAGGACGGGGACGGACACCAGGACUCCCGGGACAACUGCCCCACAGUGCCCAACAGCGCCCAGCAGGACUCGGACCACGAUGGCGAGGGCGAUGCCUGUGAUGACGACGACGACAACGACGGAGUCCCCGACAGCCGGGACAACUGCCGCCUAGUGCCCAACGCGGGCCAGGAGGACAAAGACGGGGACGGCGUGGGUGAUGCGUGUCAGGGCGACUUUGACGCUGACAAGGUCGUAGACAAGAUCGACGUGUGCCCCGAGAACGCCGAGGUCACUCUCACCGACUUCAGGGCUUUCCAGACGGUCGUGCUGGACCCCGAGGGUGAUGCGCAGAUCGAUCCCAACUGGGUGGUGCUCAAUCAGGGAAUGGAGAUCGUGCAGACCAUGAACAGCGACCCUGGCCUAGCUGUGGGUUACACGGCCUUCAAUGGCGUAGACUUCGAGGGCACGUUCCACGUGAACACGGCCACUGAUGACGACUACGCUGGCUUCAUCUUCGGCUACCAAGACAGCUCGAGUUUCUAUGUGGUCAUGUGGAAACAGAUGGAGCAGACCUACUGGCAGGCCAACCCCUUCCGGGCGGUGGCUGAGCCGGGGAUCCAGCUCAAGGCUGUCAAGUCCUCCACGGGUCCCGGAGAACAGCUCCGAAACGCACUGUGGCACACGGGGGACACAGCGUCCCAAGUACGGCUGCUGUGGAAGGAUCCUCGCAACGUGGGAUGGAAGGAUAAGACAUCCUACCGCUGGUUCCUGCAACACCGGCCUCAAGUUGGCUACAUCAGGGUACGGUUCUACGAGGGUCCCGAGCUAGUGGCUGACAGCAAUGUGGUGCUGGACACAGCCAUGCGUGGUGGCCGCCUGGGCGUCUUCUGCUUCUCCCAAGAGAACAUCAUCUGGGCUAACCUGCGCUACCGCUGUAAUGACACAAUCCCUGAGGACUAUGAGAGUCACCGGCUGCGGAGGGCCUAGGGACCUCAAGUGUGGCACUGCUGACUGAUGGGCUGUGGUAGCCUGAGCUACACGUGUCUGAGUCUGGCAUCCCUCUGGAGGGGUGUCUGGCCUGGAGAGGAAAGGCUAAUAAAGUAUGAAUGUGGGGGA